GAGAGCGAGGGAGUGGGCGUGGCCGUGUGGCGUCAGCGCAAGAUGGCGGCCUCGGCGGCGCUGUUCUCGCGCUUGCAGAGCGGGCUCCGGGUCGGCGCGCGAGGGCUGUGCACGCGGCUGGCGACGCCGCCUCCUCGGGCUCCAGAGCAGGUUGCAGAGAUCACCAGUCGUGCAGGCACUAAGGCCCAGGGGCCACAGCAUCAGCCAGGCUCAGAGGGCCCCAGCUAUGCCAAAAAAGUUGCACUUUGGCUUGCUGGUUUGCUUGGGGCUGGUGGGACUGUCAGCAUCGUCUAUAUUUUUGGAACCAACCCUGUGGAUGAAAAUGGUGCCAAGAUUCCUGAUGAAUUCGACAAUGAUCCGAUUCUGGUUCAGCAGUUGCGCCGGACAUACAAAUAUUUCAAAGAUUACAGACAGAUGAUCAUCGAGCCCACAAGUCCCUGCCUUCUCCCAGACCCUCUUCGGGAGCCCUACUACCAGCCACCCUACACACUAGUCCUGGAGCUCACUGGGGUCCUCCUGCACCCUGAGUGGUCGUUGGCCACUGGCUGGAGGUUUAAGAAGCGCCCGGGCAUCGAAACCUUGUUCCAGCAGCUUGCUCCCCUGUAUGAAAUUGUCAUCUUUACAUCAGAGACUGGCAUGACUGCGUUUCCUCUCAUUGAUAGUGUGGACCCCCAUGGCUUCAUCUCCUACCGUCUGUUCCGGGACGCCACCAGAUACAUGGACGGACACCAUGUGAAGGAUAUUUCGUGUCUGAAUCGAGACCCAGCUCGAGUAGUAGUUGUGGACUGCAAGAAGGAAGCCUUUCGCCUACAGCCCUACAAUGGAGUUGCCCUGAGGCCCUGGGAUGGCAACUCCGAUGACCGGGUCUUGCUGGACCUAUCUGCCUUCCUCAAGACCAUUGCACUGAAUCAAGUGGAAGAUGUCCGGACGGUGCUGGAGCACUAUGCCCUGGAGGACGACCCAUUAGAGGCAUUCAAAGAGAGGCAGAACCGGCUCGAGCAGGAGGAGCAGCAGCGCCUGGCGGAACUCUCCAAGUCCAACAAACAGAGCUUCUUCUUUGGCUCACUCACCAGCCGCCUGUGGCCUCGCUCCAAGUAGCCUUGACCUCUGGGCCUCCUCAGACUCUGUGCCUAAACCCCAGGCCCCAGCACUCCUAGAGUGAGGCAUGGGCAGGCACAUGUCCAAUAAAGUGCAUCCCAGACGCCACAA